AUGAAGUUAUCAGUUAUAGCCAGUCUUUACAGAACUGACAAGCUAGAGUCUCUUGAUGAGGCAAGGGAAAUACUAAAGCUUUCUAGAGAUCAAGCCCUUAGAAUAGCUCCAAAUCUCUAUCACCACUUAGCAUUCAUUAAUGUGGUUGAAGAGGGUAUCGUGUCUGGUCCACGUGUUGGACUUAUUAAGGAGUAUAAAACAUUCAAAGUUCUUAUACGUUUAGGCACUUGCAAGUCCUUAGUCCAUAUUUUUCUUUCCCAACGUGGAACCACGAAGAUUCCAGGGGUGACUGAUUUGGGGUUAGUGCCACGACAUGUUAAAAAGGUUUCAAUUCUUGGAGGUGGAUUGAUGGGUUCUGAAAUUGCAACUGUGUUUCUCCUUAGCAAGUAUUAUGUGAUCCUUAAAGACGUUAAUGACAAAGUCCUAGAGGCUGGGAUUGAUAGAAUAAAAGCAAAUUUGCAACGCCACGUCAACAAAGGAAAAUUUAGUCAAGAGAAGCUUGUAAAAGCUCUCUCCUUGCUUAAGGGUACUCUUGAUUAUGAAACAUUUAGAGAUGUUGACAUGGUCAUUAUGGUAUCAGCUAUAUAG